AUGUCCCUCGCUUUGCAGCAAGUUGUUCUCCACCCUUCCCUUACGGCGACGCUCAAGCUCACGUCGACGACCGUCGGCAGGGACAAGCUCUAUCGUACCGUGCAAUACUUUGCUAGAUUCUUGGCAUGGCACCAAUACCGUAGCGGCGCCUCCAAGGAGACGGUGGACCGACUGACGGCCCUCAAGAGCUCCUUGGCUCUUUCCCGCAAGCUCAUGCGAGUGGGCAAAUGGCUCGAGCAUCUCCAAGCCUUCGUCAAGGCCCUAGCGAUCAAGGACCCCGUGGUGUGCGGACUCUCGCUCAGUCGUCAGCUCAGCUACGCCCUCUACCUCUUCCACGACACGCUGCAAUGGGUCCACGGGUCCAAGGCGUACCAAUUUGCCCCGGCCACGUACAGCAAGAUUGCCAAGAGGGCUGCCCAAUUCUGGGCGCUCGGUCUCAUCUCGUCCCUCCUUGCCGGAGCAUACAAGACGCACGUCCUGCGUCAACGCCAGGCCCUUGCUUCGCGCCCUCGUGCGAGCGCAGAGAAGGAGGCAGAGCGCAAGGUGGAGCUGCAGCAGAUUGCAAAGGAGAAGGGGGCGGUGCGAUACCAGGUCGUGCAGGAUGCGCUGGAUCUUGCCAACCCUGGAUCCUCCAUUGGGCUCUUCAACUUCGACGACGGAUUCAUCGGUCUCGCUGGUACGGUUACGUCGCUCAUGGGCGUGUACAGCCAGUGGCAGGCCGUCAAUGGUACGGGGGCCAAGAAGUAG